GGUAUAUUCACAAGCCAUUAUUCGUGCAUCUCUUACAACGACCCAAACUUACACGACUGCCAAAGCACAGCACAGCUUCAGGAGCUACCAUCCAUCACCCGUCACCAUGGCCACCAACACAUACCCCAACAUCUGGCGAAAGCGCCACAACCUGACCGCUUGGAUUCUUCAGAUUCUGGCUUCCUUGGUGUACCUGAUCUUGGCCAUCUGGUCUUCCGUCAUGCUGAGCCGCAGCAGCAUCAGGCAUAGCUAUAACAGCUCGUACAGAAUUUCCGUCAGCAUGAUUAUAGUCAUGGUCUUCUCGGUCGUUACCAUAAUCUUCGACAUCAUUGAGAUAAUCUUCUAUCGCGGCACAAGGCUGAGUCCCGUCCUCAUGCUCGUCUUUUCUACGGUCAAGACCGUCACCUGGGGCGUCUACUUCAUCAUGGUUAUCAUCUCGGCUGCCGUGCUGCGCGCACCGAUCGGUCUGAUCAUCGAUGGCCCUCUCAGCUUUGUCUUGUUGGCAACAGCUGUCUCCCAGCUCGUCAUUUCUGCCAUAUUUGUCCACCGCCGCCGCAGAACUGCGUCGCUUGCUGGUUCUGACGAUGCUGUGCCCAAGCACGACGUCUAAGCCGGCGCGGCCUUGUUUAUCUGUCUGAAAGAUUCCUGCCUCCCUAUUGGGCAAGAUCGCUUUUUCUUUUUCGUUCAGCUUGGGAGGCGCACGGUCGGUGCCAAGCUGUCUCCCCUUGUUUGUUAGGCUUCCCAAAUCAAUGGAUACCCCACAUAUAACUUAGACUGUAUUUGUUUUAUGACUUUUUACGAACUUGCAUCAAUUCUUAAAUACUUUUCAAUUGAAACUUUCAAGCCCCCAU